AUGGUAUCGGCAUUCAAGGCCAGUGAAAAGCGGUGGAAACGCGCAACGGAAGCGGAUCUUUUGACCGAUCCAGCGCUGCUCGAUCCACGCCAUCUCAGUGAGGAGCAGCGAGCGAAGAUGCAGUGCAUAGGGUCCUGGAGAUGGAAGGCCGAAGACGAGGAACGACCCAUACUGGCCCUCGACAACUUUGGCGCGUCCCACUGCGGCUUCCGUGUCAUUCCGAACGCGCUAAACGCCAGGACGCAAUUGGAACUCGCUCGUUCCUGUCUGACCGAGUUCGCCGAAGAGCCACACGUAACCAACAUGCACCUGCAGAAUCAGAACGUCCGACAUAUCUGGAAAAAGGCGCGCGCGUCGCAUCCGAAGGAUCCUGCAAAGUCUCCGCUACUCGCAAAGUUGUGCUGGGCGGCUUCAGGAUACCACUACGAUUGGACCGCAAGGAGGUACGAUAAAAACAGCUUUUCGCUCGUACCUGAGAUCCUGCAGCGACUUGGUGGCAAGUGCGCUGCUGCAUGCGGUAUGACAUUGACGGCUGAAGCGGUGAUAGUCAAUUUCUACAAGAUGAAGUCCUCUAUGGGUGGGCACUUGGAUGAUGUCGAGUACACGAUGGAUCAUCCUGUAGUGUCUGUGUCUCUCGGUAGUGAAUGUGUGUUCCUAUUGGGCUGUCAGGGAAAAGAUAAGCCGCCACUACCACUGCUACUACGAAGCGGCGACAUUGCAAUUAUGGGCGGUGCGUCGAGAACGUGCUAUCACGGCGUGGCUCGCGUGCUGCCCACUCCAUACAGCAUUGCGGAUGGGGAUCUUAACAAGCUCUGCCACAAUGAAAAGGAUCGUGAAGAGUACGAGGCACUUCAAAUUUAUCUGAGUACCCAGCGCAUUAACAUCAACGUGCGCCAGGUUUACCCGACACACCAGGCCACAGAUUGA